GGCUCCGGGAAAAGCGCACCGACCGACGCCAACGCCCCCGCUGACAUCACGGCGCAACUCUGAGCUCAUCGAGGGGCGGACGUCCAGCCAGACGAACGUGCGCAGUGCGCACAUGCGCACGAGUGAGCUCAUCACGUCCAGGUCGUGAGCGCGCGCGGACACGCAGCUUGUGUCGCGCCGGAGGCGUCACGUGGGAGUACCUGAGAGAAGGAGACUACCCGGGCUCCGCCGUCGGGAGAGCACCUCCACCCUUUCCAAAAAUGCCCCGGAAGUGCCUUCGCCCUCGGUAAAGAUGGCCGUAGCACUUAGCAUGAAGGAGGCGGGGCUGCGCCUGCGCAAUAAGCUCGGCGGGGAAGAUGGCGGAUGACAAGGAUUCUCUGCCCAAGCUUAAGGACCUGGCAUUUCUCAAGAACCAGCUGGAACGCCUGCAGCAGCGUGUGGAAGACGAAGUCAGCAGUGGUGUGAGCCAGGAUGGCUCGCUCAUGUCCUCCCCAUUCCUCAAGGGCUUCUUAGCCGGCUAUGUGGUGGCCAAACUGAGGGCAUCAGCAGUAUUGGGCUUUGCUGUGGGUACCUGCACUGGCAUCUACGCAGCUCAGGCAUAUGCCGUGCCCAAUGUGGAGAAGACACUGAGGGACUAUCUUCGGUCAUUGCGAAAGGGGCCUGACUAGC